GUCUGAGCGCCCGCGCGAGGCUGCGGGUGCGCAGCAACGCAGAGAGCUGAGGAGGACCCAGGAACGCUCGGUUCAGCUCCGGCCAGGGCGUCCUCUGGACUACGCUGCGCCUGUCCGAGAGCCAGAGCCCCGCAGGUGCAGCCUUUCCUCACUCUCCGCCAGCGGCCGCCCAACCAUGGACACCCCAGUUCAGAUCUUCCGAGGGAAUCUGGGCCCCACUUGCUCCCCGAGCACUUGCCUGCUUCCCAACAGCAGCAGCUGGGACCCAGGCUGGGCCGAGCCGGACAGCAACAGUAGUGCGGGCUCUGAGGACGCGCCACUAGAAACCUCGCACAUCUCCCCCGCCAUCCCGGUCAUCAUCACGGCAGUCUACUCGUUGGUGUUCGUCGUGGGCUUGGUGGGAAACUCCCUGGUCAUGUUCGUGAUCAUUCGAUACACUAAGAUGAAGACAGCGACCAACAUUUAUAUAUUUAACCUGGCUUUGGCAGAUGCUUUAGUUACUACCACUAUGCCCUUCCAGAGUACAGUCUAUCUGAUGAAUUCCUGGCCUUUCGGGGAUGUGCUAUGCAAGAUAGUAAUUUCCAUUGACUACUACAACAUGUUUACCAGCAUAUUCACCUUGACUAUGAUGAGUGUGGACCGAUACAUCGCUGUGUGCCACCCUAUCAAGGCAUUGGACUUCCGCACACCCUUGAAGGCAAAGAUCAUCAAUAUCUGUAUCUGGCUGCUGUCCUCAUCUGUUGGCAUAUCUGCUAUUGUCCUGGGAGGAACCAAAGUCAGGGAAGACAUAGAUGUCAUCGAGUGCUCCUUGCAGUUCCCAGAUGAUGAUUAUUCCUGGUGGGACCUCUUCAUGAAAAUCUGCGUCUUUGUAUUUGCCUUUGUCAUCCCCGUCAUCAUCAUCAUCAUCUGCUACACGCUGAUGAUCCUGCGCUUAAAGAGCGUCCGACUCCUUUCUGGCUCCCGAGAGAAAGAUCGCAACCUCCGUCGAAUUACCAGGCUUGUCCUGGUGGUGGUGGCAGUCUUUAUCAUCUGCUGGACUCCCAUUCAUAUUUUCAUCCUUGUGGAGGCUCUGGGGAGCACCUCCCACAGCACCGCUGCCCUCUCCAGCUAUUAUUUCUGCAUUGCCCUAGGUUACACCAACAGCAGCCUAAACCCCAUUCUCUAUGCUUUUCUUGAUGAAAAUUUCAAGAGGUGUUUCAGGGACUUCUGCUUUCCAAUAAAGAUGAGGAUGGAGCGACAGAACACUAGUAGAGUCAGAAAUACGAUUCAGGAUCCUGCUUACCUGAGGGAUGUUGAUGGGAUAAAUAAACCAGUAUGA